ACCAAUGAAUUCAUGUAUAAUUCCAUGGAGUUUAGCAAGUACAAAACUGAAUGAUCAAUGAAACAUGAGUUUCUGGUUGAUACCAUUACAAUGUCAUUGAGUUCCCUGCAUUUCAAUGUGGUAUUAAUACCUACAAUUGAGCCUUCUUCCUGAUCAGACACCAAAGAGCAAAAAACAAAGAAGAAUACUUGACGAUAAGCAGAGUCGAUGGGGCUGGAAAUCAUCGAGGAAGAGGUGAGCACACCGGUGUUGCCAUUGAUGUCACUGAACCAUGUCUCGUUCUUGUGUAGCUCCGUGAGUCGAUCAGUAAAGUUCUACGAGGAAGUCCUUGGCUUUGUGAGCAUCAAACGACCGUCCUCGUUCAAGUUCCACGGCGCUUGGCUGUUCAAUUACGGUGUCGGUAUCCAUCUGCUGCAAUGCAAUUCCCCGGAGGAUAUUCCGAAGAAGAAAGGAGUGAUAAACCCGAAAGAUAACCACAUUUCCUUCCAGUGUUCUGACAUGCAUUAUCUGAAGCGCAAGCUUGAGGAGAUGGGAAUUCAGUAUGUUACUGCAAUCGUGGAAGAAGGCGGCAUUCUAGUCGAUCAGAUCUUCUUCCAUGAUCCUGAUGGUUACAUGGUAGAGAUUUGCAACUGCGAGAACAUCCCGAUCCUUCCCCUUUCGUCGUGCCCUCUGAAGUUUCCUUACAACAAAGACUCCUUUUUUUCUUCAGUUUAUGGGAAAUGCCGCGAUGAAGUGGAGACGGUGAUCAUGGAAGCAUUGGUUACCGACAUGAUGGACAUCUCCUUCUGAUGUUAAACGAUGCAGAAGCUGCCUCGUCAAGGGAAUGCCGAAGAGGUUUUGGAUCAAGUUGCAUGUACAGCAUUUUACCGAUAUGAUGCAAUAUGCGGAGUUCUGUUGCCAGUCCAAGUCUUUUUUUUUUUUUUACUGUUUUUCAUUUUAUUGCUUUAUCAUCAAUUAGAGAAACACAAUAAGCAUCCAUCAUCGGUUCCUUUGAUUUUCUAUAAUAAACAGAAUGCAUGUUUAUGCUUUUCGGUUC